AAUAUUUGAGUUAACUUAGCAAGUCAAGCUCUUUCCUUUUGAAGAAUUCUCUGCCCCAGAACAUUUGAAUUCAUAUUUUCUAGUCUGAAAGCAGAAUAUUUCGAGGAUGAGCCGAAAGUCUUUUGGACUGUCCAUUUGGACGCCACUCUUUUUCCUUUUCCUGAUAAUCCUGGCCAGCGUGUGGGGUAAGCCUUGGCCUUUGGUGAACCACCAUGGCCUACUGAAGAUGUACCACCAGCAGGUUCACGGACUUGGAAAAGAGCAGAAAAAGGAAGGUGAAUGUUUCUUUAGGGAAUUAAGGGAUGCCAAUCGUAAUCGCCACGAUCGGUCCAUGAAUCCAUUCAAAGCCUUCCUUUCUUGGCCCGGAAAAUCGAGAAAGUCUGAUAAAGUGCAGAAAGCAGAGUUAGCUGUGGAGAAGACUUACAGCCAUAAUCCAUCGUAUAACCAAGUUAAAGAGCCGCGUUUUGAAAACUUUGCCAAAAUAAAACCAUAUCUAACCAAGGAAGAUGAAUUUCUCUACGAGCAGAAACCGGGACUUCUAAACGAUGACGAUUGGGAUCACUUAAAUAAUGAUCAGGAUCAGGACCAGGAUAUGCUUGACAAAUCUGAAGCCAGCAAAUAUGACCUAAUAAAUAGUCCCAUGAUGGAUUAUAAACGAGAAUUCGCCAGCGAUGAGGCCAAUCCUUAUGUGGAAAGCAUUCGACAGCGUUAUGAGCCCUCUCCACAUAUCUAUUCAGAUUAACCCAAGUUCUGAAAACAAAUAUAUUUUUUUUCCUUAUGUAUUGUAAAGCAUAUAAGUGAUUUUAUCGAUAAAUUAAAGCUGG